AUGGGUUCAUAUCGUACUAGGCACGACCCUAGUAGAUCAUGUCAUAUAUGUCAUAUAUAUGUAGAGAGUGAUAUUGCAUGUGGGUUCAUAUCGUACCGGGNGAAAGGCUAUGGUAGCGGUGGUGGUGGAGGAAGUGGUGUAGGAUAUGGGGAUUUGGGUGGACAUGGGAAAGGCUAUGGUAGCGGUGGUGGUGGAGGAAGUGGUGUAGGAUAUGGGGAUUUGGGUGGACAUGGGAAAGGCUAUGGUAGCGGUGGUGGUGGAGGGAGUGGGUAUGGCGGUGGAGCUGAUCAUGGAGUUGGGUAUGGUAGUGGCGGAGGUGGAGGAUAUGGAGCUGGAGGUGGAGCUGGAUAUGGUCCAGGAGGAGACCGUGGUGUUGGCUAUGGGAGUGGAGGAGGGGGUGGGUCAGGUGGUGGUUAUGGUGGUGGAGCCAAAGGGUAUGGUGGUGGUGCUAAAGGAAGUGGAUAUGGGAGUGGUGGCGGCGCCGGAAGUGGCUACGGUGGUGUUGGUGGUGAAGGAGGAUAUGAUGGUGGAUAUUGA